AUGGGUCAAGGGUCUUCGCAACCCCAGAAUGGCGAGCUACCUGAGCUCGAAGGUCAUGGUAAGGACCCUGUGGUCGUCCUCUUUUCCUCCAAUAUCGCGCUGUUGGAGAUCCUUCGGACCCCCGUGACUGUCGUCAAGAAAGGGAAAUCCGGAGUUCAGGUUGAAGGAACACCAGCUCCCAAGCGCAAAAGAAAGUCAUCUCUCAACAACACUGGUGAUAGCAAACCCUUUGCUGUACCAACAAAACCGCAACUGUCGCCUCAAAACCCGGCAGACUCCCACCCUUCCAAACGCACAAAGGUCACUUCCUCCACCACAACCUCCAAGGACGCUCGGAAAUCGGAGAAAAAGAGCGCUCAGGGAGCGACUACUUCUUCGCAGAUUCCCAAUGGUGUCAAGCCCACGGAAUAUGAGAACAAGUCACCUCAAACGAUGAAUGCGCAAUCUCCAGAAAGUACGGCGCACUUUAAUGGAACAUCCAAAAAGUCGAAAAAGUCCAAAGCGAAGUCGACGCGAGAGAACGAAGAGGAAGAGAACUUAGCGCAUUCACUUACUCUUCCCGAGUCCGAGCCGCUCGUUAAAGCACCGGCAUCUGCAGAUCUAUCGGCCAUGGAUACCUCAAGUGAUCAGAAGGACUCGAUGGACACAACAGGCGCACGGGGUCCUAGACCAGGGAAGAAGGAAAAGCUGGUUGGUUUCUUUGCCCCGGCAGAGGUCAGAGCACUGGAGGCCUUCAAACUUGAUUUCUGCACCAAGCAUGCUCUCUCUAGCCAUUCUUUUGAUCGGAUGGUGCAGCAUGUGGACCGACGCAAAGAUAGCGGUUGGCCUUGCGACGAGGCUAUCACCAGCAAGGCCGAGUUUUGGCAGGCCAUCUACGAUGUCUUACCAGGCCGAGACCGGCGAUCAGUAUACAGAUUCAUGAGACGGCACUUCCAGGACUCUUCGCAGAAGCCGCACCACUGGACACACGAACAGGACGAAGAACUCAUCACGAUGGUCAGCCAGUACGGGCCCAAAUUUGCUCAUAUCGCCAAGAUGUUGGGUCGCGGCGAGGAUGAUGUUGUCCAAAGGUGGAAGAAUCGCCUUGAGCACCGAAGCACGAUGAGACGGGGUGCGUGGUCGGAAGAAGAAGUUCGUGGGCUGCUCGAUGCACUACAAUCCGCUUGGGUUGCCUUGAAGAAGGAUGGCAAGGAUGUUGGUCAGGAUAUCUACGAGAUGGAUGAGGGCUUAAUAUCGUGGGGCCAAGUGAGUAAUAAGCUCGACAAUUGGCGCUCGCGACAACAAUGCGCAGAUAAAUGGCGCAAAAUUAGACGCAAAAUCAUGGGGCUGCGCAGCAGCGGUGUUGAAGGCGCCGUCUUUGAUCCAGCGUCAGAAGCUAGGCCACAGGGCAGAGCAAAGUCCGUCACUCUUGCAGAGCAGAUGGAGAUGGAGAGGGUCUACAAGAGUGCCGAAUAUGUGAAUUCGGAUGACGGAAAUGAAAGCGAGGCCGAUAGCCCUGGUGCCAAUAAGUCGACGGCUCCCAAAAAGGCUCAGAAAGAGAAUACCAGCACUGAGCUAGCGGGAGUGAAGACCCAUUCUCUACCUGUUCUACCUAAGCCGGUUGCGGUUCCAGAAAAGGCAUCGGAAGACGAUUCCAGUCCUGAAUCCGAGUCAGAGGCCACCUCCGAAUCUGGCACCGGCUCAUCUGAUGACGGAUCUGAAUCCGAGGCAGGUUCUCCAUCGGUCUCGGGCUCCAGUGCUGGAUCCAACAGUAACGAUGAGAUUAACGGAAAAGUCGAUCCUCGGAUUAUUGCUCAAGAUACGAAGUUGAAGAGCAAGGGUGUGAAAGAUCACCCUGGAUCUUUCUCGAAAGUCUCAUCACAGGUGUCUGCCAACGAGAAACCUUCCUUGCAGAAUACCCCGAGCAAGAAGAUCAACCCUGCCGUUCAACCAAAGAGCAUCGAUAAACAGGCAGCAAAAUCAAUUGAGACACUGAAAGCUAAAGACCAACCAAAGUCCAUUUCGCAAGCCCAAGCUCCAGAACAGCAGAAACCAUCUGGCCAGAAGAAAAAAGUUCAACAUGAAACACCAGAAUCGGAGACUGGGUCUAGUUCGGACUCGCCGUCCGACUCGGAUUCCGACUCCAGUGCUGAAUCUAACUCGGGGUCCGCUUCUGACCCCGAGGAGUUUCCAAUACAGGGGUCUUUCAAAGCAAGUGCUAAAAACGGACCGGCGAAAGCAUCAACGUCAACUCAAAAGGCAACCGAGAAAAUUAAGAAUCCUAAAAGGUCUGAGAAUGAUCGCAGGAACACAAAAAGCUCUUCAGGGACAAGUUCGGCAUCGUCCGAGGCUGGGAGCACGGAAGACAGUGCAGAGUCCGGCGAUCAAACAGACGAGAGUGAUGUUGAAGGCAGUGUUGACGAACCUAUCGAGUCACCCAAGAUAGCUCCUGCCCAAGUCUCCAAACGUAAAAUUCUUUCAACUGCCCAAGCACCCGAAAAGCGCGAUACCAAGCGUCUGAAGACAGACUCGAAGAUUAGCCGGAAUUCUUCUUCGCCAUCCUCCCCGUCCGGUACACCCUCAUCCGAGGAUAGCGAAAGCAAGGGUGAUUCCGAGGACAGUGCCAGUCAAAAGAGCGACACCUCGUCAUCGGCAUCAGACGGUUCGGAAUCCGAGUCUGAGUCUGAGUCAGUAUUGAAAUUGGAACCCGAGUCGAAAUCCAGCGUCGAUCCCAAGGUUAGACCACAUAUCGCUCAAUCCAAGCAGAAACUGGUCAAUGGGCAGAAGCCGCUGCCCGCAUCAGCGACCAAGGAGCGAAGCAAUUCGAAGAACGGGAAAGGAUCCGCACCCAAAGCAAAGGCGAAACCCGCUCAAAUCAGCAGUCCAUUGGUUAAGGACGGGGGACUGAAGACAAAGGACAAAUUGCGAUUAGUUCCCGCGGCCAAGAAGAAGGCCUCCAAAUAG